AUGAUUCAGCGUGGAGCGGUCGUACCACUUGUAAGAAAAGUUUUUGAACAACAUGAGAUAGAAACCGCUUUUAAACAUAUGGCAGCUGCAAAACAUAUAGGAAAGGUAAUCAUAAAAAUACGUACAGAGAAAGAAGUUGCGGACGCUCCUAUUCUCGCGUAUCCUCAAUAUUUAUGUAAUGAGCAUAAAUCUUAUAUUAUUUUGGGUGGUUUAGGCGGUUUCGGCCUAGAGUUAACCAACUGGUUGAUUGUUCGUGGAGCUCAAAAAAUUAUACUCAUUUCACGAAAUGGUAUAAAGAACGGUUAUCAACAGUCAAGAAUAGAGUUAUGGAAAUCGUAUGGAGUAAAUGUGCAAAUAAUGACAGGCGUUGACGCAUCUACUCACAACGGUUGUGCUUCUAUUUUACGUUCUGCCAACGAAUUAGGACCAGUGGAUGCUAUAUUUAAUCUCGCAGUUGUGCUAAAAGAUGAUAUUUUCACGAAUCAAACUCCGGAAACAUUUGAAGAAACAUUUCAGUCGAAAGUUCUAGCUACAAGGCAAUUGGACGAUUUGUCUAGAAAAAUGUGUCCUCAUCUUCGACAUUUUGUGGUAUUUUCAUCUGUUUCAUGUGGUAAAGGAAAUCCUGGACAAACUAACUACGGUAUGGCCAAUUCGAUAAUGGAAAGAAUCUGCGAAAAAAGAGUGCAAGAUGGAUUACCUGGCAUGGCUAUUCAGUGGGGUGCGAUAGGCGACGUCGGUCUAGUCGCUGACAUGCAACAAAACAAUAAAGAACUAGUUAUCAGUGGAACAUUGCAACAACGAAUAUCAUCUUGUUUAGAAUCACUGAACAAUUUCUUAAUGCAGAAUCGACCGAUUGUAAGCAGUAUGAUUGUAGCUACAAGAUCAAAAGUUUCUGGAGACAUUGUGCAUGUUGUGAUGGACAUAAUGGAACUCUCUACACAACGAGAAGUAGAUAGAAACCAAGUAUUUCUUUUGCCAGGAAUUGAAGGAUUUGCUAACAUAUACAACUCAAUAGCUCCAAAAAUUAAAGCUCCUGCAAUAUGCCUACAACAUAGUUCUAUUAAUAUUCCUGAAUCUGCUCACUCUGUAAUACAAUCAGCCACUGAUCUUUUAUCUCAUAUUUUAUCAAAACUAACAGAUUCUACAGAAUUCGUAAUUGGCGCAUAUUCAUAUGGAUCUCUUAUUGCUAUUGAAAUGGUAAAACAAUUAGAAGCUAAAAACUUUCGAGGACGAUUAGUAUUAAUCGACGGAGCUCCCAAGUACUUAAAAGACAUACAGGAAACAUUUUUCCCUUUUACUAAUAGUCAAGAAUUUCAAAUUUGUGUGUUAAAACAUAUAAUAGAUAGUUUUAAUAUACCUGCAUCAGAAUUGAUUAUACCAGAAUUAAAUAAAUAUGCUACUUGGGAAGACAAACUAAAUAGUUUUACAAAAUACAUUACUAGUGAAAUGAUAACUUCUUUCAAACUUUCCAUCGACUCCAUUAAACUAUUUUGUACAACAAUUUACAAACAUUUAAUUGCUGUUCAAGAAUAUGAUACGUCUUCAUUGGUAUCAAUUCAGUCACCUAUAAUACUAUUAAAAGCAACAAACUUAUUACUUUCUGCGGUAGAAGAAGAUUAUGGUUUAAAUAAGAUAAGCAAAAAUGUACAAAUUCACUACGUAGACAGCAAUCAUGUAUCAAUAAUUAAUAGUGAUCAGGUCGCAGCUGCUAUUAAUGGAGAAAUAAGACAAGAGUAA